ACUUCCUCCAAUGUUCAACCAUUUUAUAUAGUUGACUGCAUACUUAUCUCAGUAUUGCAUGCAUUUAUCUUGAAGAUGUCUUGAUUAAUAAAUUUGUUGAAAUUGCGAAUAUGACUCAUCCAUCACGCAAAGUGUGUUUUGUGACUAUUGGAGCUACGGCACCUUUCGAUACUCUACUCUCAAAUGUCUUAGCCCAACCUUUUCUUGAGGCGCUCAAGAAGCAUGGAUAUACCGCGCUUUUGAUUCAGUACGGCAAAGAGGGCCAGGAGAUUUUUGAUACAUUUAUCAAGAAUAACCCUCCCGGAAGCCCUGGGCGAUAUGAUUUGGAUAUUCAGGGAUUUGGUUUCAAGAAGGACGGACUUGUCCAGGAAAUGCGCUCCACCAAGGCAAAUGAAUCUCAGCAUAUUGCUGAGGGAAUAAUACUCAGCCAUGCGGGGUCCGGCUCUAUCAUGGAAGCUCUACGUAUCGGUGUCCCUCUGGUGGUAGUGCCCAAUCCAGCACUCCAAGACAACCACCAAGAAGACCUCACCCGACAGAUUGCGAAGAACGGCUGGGCUGUUGCCGGUAACCUAAACCGACUGGCAGAAUCUGUGCCGAAAGCAGAAAAACUUCGCAGUACUUUACGGAGCUGGCCAUCAAAGGAUAGAGGGGAACUCAAAGAUAGCAGGGGCUUGGCCGGAGUUGUGGAGGAAGAGAUGGGAUUCCUAGAUUGAGUGCGAUACGGUGUGAACGAGGAGAAAUUGCCUCAACUUGCUCGCUCUACUCGAACCGAAAAUCCGACCUCGGGCACGCACGAUCCAGCAACGUGUUAGGAUGUGUAUUUAUUUACCGUCUUAGAUGAUGAGUGAUAAGCACUAUAUGCGUAGGGGCGGUUGCUCGUUGCCUGAGAAAGGUGUAUCCUAUUAGU